AAUGUUAAAUACUUUGUACUCGCAAUAGGAACACUCGGAGCUGUGGGUAGUUUUUUCGUGCUGUCCCUGUUAAACGGUAGACCAUAUAUGCUUUAAACGUGUCCCAGAAUGCAGUGUCUUGGACAAGAAAAUAAUUUAGUUAACUACUGUGCGUCUAGACCAUAGACCUACUAAAAUAACGGUCUACAAUUAGCAGCAAUAUUAAUUUAGAAUUGUGUGAAAUAACUUUCACACACUGCUUAACUUCUUUGCAAUUUUAAAACUCUCUGAGGUGGGCGUUCUUUCAGAAUGUUGUUUGUUGUGUUUACAAGGUGGAAUACAGUUGUGUGAGGACUGUGAUAUGUCAUCCAAUGUUACCUUCUUUGAAUUGUACCAUUUGUAUCAAUAUAUUCCAGGAGCGGAAAAGUCUUAGAACUUUGUCAUAGCAGUUAUAGUAGUUAUUUGUAAUGCUAGCAAUUCGUUGUCAUUGCCACAUGUCAAAAUGACAUUGCCACAUGUCAAAAUGGCUCAUUUGUCACUUUCGCUGCCGUGUGUCAACUAUAGUACUGCAUAAUACAACGGCGGGGAGCACAAUAACACCAUGGAUCGCAUGGGAAAAAAAGAUUUAGUGAGCAUUGUAGAGAAACAAAAGCAACAGAUAGCAAGAUAUGAGACUAAAUUAAGAGACCUUGUUAUUGCAUAUAAGGGUCUGUCAAAAGAAAAGGAGGCCCUGGAAGCCAGUCUCAAAGCAAUUAGUGGGUCAAAGUCAACUCCUCUACCAACUGACGGAAAUUCCAUACCUGAGAAAGAUGAUGCCAGUACAUCUGGUGGAUCAGAGAAGGCUGAGAACAGUAAAAGUGCGGAGGAUGUGGAAUCUGUAGAGCAACUUAAAGUACAACUCCAGACUCUGACAGACUCAUUGGCUACUUUGUCAGCUGAAAAAUCUCGUAUGGAAGCAAGAUUUCAAGCGGACAAGAAGCAACUCCGUCAUGAGAGAGAUGAGCGAGACAAGAUUAUCAAAGGCCUGGAAGAAAAGGUGCAGAACCUAACAAAACAACACCUAUUUGAGAUGGAGUGUGUGAAAUCCAGACUAAUUGUUGAAAGACAUGAGAGAGACAAAGAAAGAAAUGACCACGCUGUUAUGAUGAGGGAGUUGCAGAUGUUGUUAUCUGAAGAAAGAAGAACAAAAGAACAGCUAGAAAAUCAAGUUGAAGAACUAAAAAGUAAAUCAACUGUUCCAGAACUAAAUGUAAAUCAAAAGGAACUAUUCGAAAAAAGAAUUAGAGAACUACAGAAUGAACUUGAGUCAGUAAGGAAAAAACUGAAAAAGGCAGAAGGUAAAGCCAAAGAAACUCCACCUGCAUUGCUUGAAUUACAGGAAGAAAUGGCAAACAUGAAAACUCAACACCAGAUUGCAAUUUUACAGGAACAGAAAAAGGCUGCUGAUGCCGAGGAACAAGUAAAGCAUAUGGCUGCUAUGCACGAAGAACGUGUGGCUAGCUUAGAAGCUCGGCUUGCUGAGUUGUCAUCAGCAGUUGGCAUGUAUGAUCGCCAGCUUCAGCAGGACCAAGUUGCUAUACAAAAACUCAAGGAUCAGUUAUUGCAACUUAACUUAGAUCCAGCAAUAAAUACAGUGCCCGAAGAUAACAAAAAUGUUGCAAACCCAACAGAGAUGAAAAUGAAGAUGGAAAUGGGAGGAACAAAUGAUAUCCAGUCAAUUAUAGAUAAAAUAUUUUAUCUGAAAGGCUUGUUGGAAGAAGCCAGCAAACAUGCAGAGAAAACUGUUGAUUUUCCAGUGCUGUGGAACCAUGUCUCUGGCUUUCCUAUUGAUACUGUAGCUCAGCACAGAGCCUGCAAAGAUGAAUACAACUUACUGAAGCAAGAAUUUGAGUUAUAUAAACAACAGAAUCAACGACAGGUGCCAGCUAAUCUGCGUAAUGAAGAUACUGAACUGGAGAUAAGCAGUCUUAAAGGUCAGAUAAAAAGUUUAAAGGAGAGGAUUCGUAUAUUGACUACACAGCUUGAAGAUGUGGAAAAAGAAUACAAAGAAGAAAUUGACCAUCUUGAAAAGCUUUUGAAAGCUGAAAGGGCAAACUGCAAGGCAGCAGUUGCAUCUUGUGAAGCAGAAUUUCGAGCUCGUCUGUCCUUGUUAGAGCAACAAUUACAAAAACAGAGAGAAAGGACUUUAGCUUUGUUGGAGGAGAAGGACCAAGAGAUACAAGUUUUGAAAUCCAGUUUUCAAUCAUUGUUGCCUAGGAAGACAUCAUCACGUGAUGAUAGAAGUUGGACUCUGCCUCAUAGUGAUCAGGUCCAGGAUGCAGAAACAGUUCUGGCUAAUUUGGGGAACACCAGUGACAGCCCACACGUACUACACUAUGCCCACGAAUUGGCUCGGCGUGACGUGGAGAUUUCAUCACUGCGGAGGGAACGCCAUCAGUUGGAAGCGGCACUCCGUGAACUCAGGAGACUCUCUGCCACUGAUCGUGAAAAACAUGCAGAUGAGGUACAGAGCCUACAGGAGGAAAUUGAUAGAUUAAAUCGUUGUCAGUCCAGAGAAGGAGCAAACUUGGAGUAUCUGAAGAAUGUUGUUCUCUGUUUUCUUACGACGAAUGAGUCCAAUUCCAAGAAACACAUGCUAAAUGCUAUUGCAGCAGUGCUCAAAUUUAGCGAUUUAGAACAAGAGAAACUUAACCGAAUCCAUAAACAUCUAUGACUCAUGUGGAGCAUGUCAAAGUACACAACGAAGCCUCUACUAACAUCAUAGUUGGUGAAGUAAUUGAAACACUGUAGUGGUUGACUUUUGAUGUAACUUAGUGAAUCGACUGUGUCUGUGAUCCUGAAGUAUUAUGAAAUUAGAGUUUAUAUGGACAUAGAGUAUUUCCUAUGAACACGCGAUCUAGUGUGUACCAGUAAGAUAUUUUAUCCCUCCCCCUCCCCCCCCCCAACUGCAACCCCCCCCUCCCCCCCCCCCCCCUCUCUCUCUCUCUCUCUCUCUCUCUCUCUCUCUCUCUCUCUCUCUCUCUCUCUCCUCUCUCUCUCUCUCUCUCUCUCUCUCUCUCCUCUCCCCCCCCCCCCCCCCCCCCACACACACACACACACACGGGGAGAGAGAGAGAGAGAGAGAGAGAGAGAGAGAGCGCUUCCCCCUAUCCUUGAAAAAUCCCAUUUCAUUUACUGAUGGAGUUACUUUUCACUUAUCUUUCUGAGGGUUCAGUGGACCAAAUCAUAAAACUUGCACUUGUAGUGUAUGAUACAAUAAAUAUUUUAUUUUAUUUCACAGUGUUUUUGGCCUACUUAUUUCAUUUUUGUACAACACAUUUCAAAAUAAUCAUUUCAUUUCAGUUUCUCGUGUUUCAUUGUAUAUUUGUCAACAGUGCAGUUGGCAUAUACACAUCAUGUGACAUUUAUUAGGCUGCGAGCAGAAAUGUUGGUUCCAUGUUGUGAGUGCAAUUCAGAAUAGCAAAAAUGUAUAAACAAUUUAGCAGCUUGCUUAAAAGUUUGCCCACCCCUGCACAAGUUGAAAUUGUUGAUGCUGAGAAAACAAGUAAAAAUAAUAGUAAACUAUAUUCUAUCAGGAUACAAUUAGCAGUUUCACAUUUUGUCCAGUACGUUUAACUAAUGAAAAAAUCUGUAAAAACUCGUUCUGUACUUUCAAUAGGUCAUACAUUGAAACGUUCUGGAUGGUUAAAACUGUGUGCUGGACCGGGGUUCAAACCUGGGAUCAUUCAUCUCAGUGAGCAAGUGUUGUAGCAGUAGGCUGUUCAGGUAUGACUCACAACCUGCCAUCACUUCUUUACUUGCUCCAGUACCUUUCCUCCUAUCUUCCAAACUUCACAAAAAUUCUCCCAAAUUCCUUGCUAGACUAGUACUCUUGAAACAAAGGACAAUGCGGUUUAAUGGCAUAAUGGCCUAGGAGAUUGUCUCCUGAAUGAAUUUUCAUGCUGCUGUGGAGAAGUUUGAAAAGUAGGAGAAGAGGGACUGACAGAAGUAAAGCUGUGAGGGUAGAUUGUGAGCCAUUAUUUGGUAGCUCAGAAGGGAACCCUCGAUAAGUUACUCUCUGACACUGUCAAAGCCUUGAAGUAUGAAAGCAGUGGGUCACGUAUUUUGGCUUGUGUACUGAGAAUAGUUUCCAACAAAAUGAUCGUUCAAGUUUUGAUAUCACUUUAUAACUCUGCUCAUGCAGCAUAAAACAAAAUGAAUUGGUGCUACAGUGGCUAAGAGCAUAAUUUCAAGUUUUUUUGUAAUGUGUUCAAAUCCAUCCCACUAUGGGUUUAGAAUUUCAAGAAAAACUGUUACAAACAAAUUUUGUUUGAUUUCCAGAAAUCUGUGGCAAAUUUGCUCCUAGAGUCCAACGAGACAUAACCAACCUGAAAAACUCACAACAUAAACCCACCAUAAGUUUUUGGACAAAAGUUUUUGACCUACAUAAAAACGGAGUUGUUUGUGUAUAUUAUUGACCAAUGGUGUGGCAAAGCAAUCCAUUUUUACGCAAUGGGAUUUUUGAAACUUCCUGGAAAAUUAAAACUGUGCGCCCAACCGAGACUCGGGCACACAGUUUUAAUCUGCCAGGAAGUUUCAUAUCAGCACACACUCCGCUGCAGAGUGAAAAUCUCAUUCUGGAAUGGGAUUUUUGUCAAUGAAAUUGGAGUACCGUUCUGUGACUGCCAUUGACAGGUGAACUACGUAUUUAUCCCAUCCAAUUAGAAUUACAUUCUUUAUAUUCUAAUAUACACUUAAUUGAAUAAUAAACAUAAAUAAUUAAUAGCUGUAAUGGGUUGGCAAUCAUUGAGACAUCAUUAGUAAUACGUAACAUGCUAAUAUAAUGUUGCUUGUGCAGAACUGUCGCCUUUUACAGAUUGUCCAUAAUCAUUAUUGGUGUAUCACCUUAAUUGCAGAAUUGUGAGAGGUUACUAAAAAAUUACGAGAAUUUGAUAUAAAAAAAUUGGGAAAGGUACUGUUUAUAUUUCACUAAUCAUAUGCUACUAAAAUGUUUUAUGGAUUGUAAUGAUUUCCUUGCUGUGUACAUAGUAAACCUGUCUGAAUGAUUUUGUCACCACAGAUUACUAAGGUAGCAUAUGCUGAGUGUCAAAAUUUUACAUUCUGCCCAUGUCAGGCUAAAAGAGUAGGAAUAAAACUACUUCAGAACUGAAUGACAUCACAAAGUUUUGUCAUUCGCCUAUAAGCUGUUGCGGUAUUUUUAACUAAAUGACUUCCGUAUCCAGAGUUCACCUAUUUAUCCAUUCUUAAUACACAUUAAAUUGUUUUAGAAGGUACUUUAUAUUUUAUAGACAAGAUAACCAUGUAUUCUUGGUUUUCAAAUAGUGUAUCAAAAUGUUCAUUGUAACUAAACUCAUCUUGUAUGUGUUUUGUAAUGUGAUAAUAUGUUGGUAAAGAGCUGUGACAGUUUUGUUAUUG